CUGUCCACACCAAAACGGAUCAAAUUAAGGAACGGAGAAGGCUUUCUUCUUUUCCUUUCAUCCUAGAGAGAGACUGUCCCUCUUUUUUUUACAGAUUCCAAAUCAAGAAUCAAUUUCCCCACCUCUUUCUCUCAUAAGUUGAGCAUGGACUGCAUGUCUCAUGUGGUGUGGAAAUACUACAUAUGAAUCAGAAGUGAACUCGUCUCUCACUUCACAAAAUCUCAAUUUUGAUCGUUCGGCUACCACCUACUGUGCGACCUUGAUAUUCCCUCCAUCAAAAAAUUGCAGCUUGAGCACUCUCUACAAGGCCUAGGGCUGUAAUCUCGUGUCCAUUCCCUCCGCCUCUCUUUUUGCUGAAGCUCGAGCUCUGAUCUUUAAUGGAGGAUGGCAACCAAAAGCCCAAAUGCUUUGUAUGUAAAAUAAGUUCCGACUAAAAGGUCGGAACUUGAAAAGGGAAGUUUAUAUCAAAACUUCCCCCCGAUAAAAUUGUGCCCUAGGGUUUACUCAGCUGCUCAGCCAACCCUCUCUUCGCAAUUAGCUGCUCAGCAAAACAGCAGCUCCACUGCAAAAGUUUUCUCUCGCUCUCUCUUCCCAGGAAAGGCAGCCUCUCGCCCAGUACCAUUCGCGGCCUUGCAACCUCAACAAGUACCUCCAAUAAAAAUUGAAGGUGAAAAAUGAGGAUGGUUGGUUUAACUGGAGGGAUUGCUUCAGGGAAGAGCACAAUUUCAGGUUUCUUCAAGGCCAAUGGCGUACCAGUCGUUGAUGCCGACAUAGUUGCUCGAAAUGCUCUGAGAAAAGGUACAGGAGGUUGGAAAAGGGUUGUUGCUGCAUUUGGGCAGGACAUAUUACAAGAUGAUGGAGAAGUUGAUAGGGCACGCUUGGGCCAAAUUGUGUUUACUGAUCCCUCAAAGCGUCAACUUCUUAACAGGUUAUUGGCUCCAUUUAUUGCCUUUGGCAUGUACUCGGAAAUAGCAAAGUUAUGGAUUAAAGGUUGUGAUGUUAUUGUGCUUGAUGUCCCCUUACUAUUUGAGGUGAAAAUGGAUGGCGUAACUAAGCCUAUCAUUGUUGUAUGGGUGGACCCCAGCACACAACUUCAGCGGCUCAUGGAAAGGGAUGGAAUAUCUGAAGAGCAAGCAUUGAAUAGGAUCAGUGCACAGAUGCUGCUUGACUUGAAAAGGGACAAAGCUGAUAUAAUCAUUGAUAAUUCAGGAUCCUUACAAGAAACAGAGGAGCAAUUCCGCAAGGUCCUGAAUCAGGUUAGAAAGCCCUUAACAUGGAGAGAGUUUGGGCUUUCGAGGAGGGGAGCAUUAUGUGCUCUUACUUCUGUUAUUGUUGGAGUGUUGGUAUACAGGUACAUUACUUGAUUCCCCUCUAAACUAAGUUGGCUCUGUGCAUUUUGUUGUCCUAAUUGAUAUUGCUUUUGAAAUAGUUAUUGCUCUUUUCCUUUCAUUUCCAAUUAUGUUUCUUUUUUCUCACUGGUUUAUUAUAAGCAUAAAUAAUUGCUCGGUGCACAACUUUCAUGUUGCUUAUUAUACCUUUGGAGCCUUGGUGGUGGAAGAUUUCCUUAGU